GCAAAACAAAAGUAAUUAGUGAAAGAAGAAAGAAUGUGAAGUCACCAAUCAAUAGGACUGCUAGAAAGCAUUUGAUCGUAAUAAGAAGUGAAGAUUAAAAAAUAAAAAUAAAUCAAACGGUGAAAAUUGCAUUAAAAAAAAAAGCAUGCAAGAGCCGUCACCUUAGCCUUGACUUAUUUGGUAAUAAAAUUCUCUUUCAUACAAUACAGUUUCUAAGUAUAAUUAAAAAAAUAAAACAAAGGAAAAGUUCGUUAGACGAUUCCAAAAACAGACCUCCUCCUUAUUUAUUUUUCUUUCCUUAAUUCUACGUUUCGUUUUUUCUUCAUCGGGCCCGGUGGCCGUCGUUGUAUCGGUCCGCGUCGUGGCGAUACCUACUUUCUUGUCUCUGAUCGGUGGCGAUUUGAUUGAACCGAAAGGACAGAAAGAAGAAGAAGAAGAAGAAGAAGAAGAAAAUGGCGUACAGGAGAAGACAGGGAAUGACAAGAGCAUCGACCUUCAAAGAAGAGAUACAUCACAAACCAGAAGAUAAUAAUAAUAAUAAUAAUAUGUUAAAAUCUUCACACACGUUUAAUUCAACUUCCUCUCUUGCUGCUCAGGCCAUUAGAGCCUCCGCUGCUCAUCGUGAAUCUUCUCUUUCCUCUGCUUACACCGCUGAUUCCCUACCUCAGAGAUCUAAGGUCUUUGAUGCAUAUGAGGAUUCAUCAACAACAAGUGAUUCUAAAGGGUUUUGGGGUGUUCUUGCUAGAAAAGCCAAAGCAAUUCUUGACGAUGAUAAUAUGUCACAACAAUUCGAAACUCCUGCAACAUCCAGGUUUCAAAUGCAAGAUGCCUCUGUAGGUGUCCGAUCUCAGCAAUCUAACCAAACAUCUGAGGGAUUUAAGAAAGUGGACAAUCCUACAUUACGGAAGGGUUUAGAUAAACUCACAUCUUCUCUAAAUCAGAUUGGUGACACCUUUGAAAAGGCUUUUGAGGAAGGUCGCAAUAUUGUGGAAAAUAAGACUGCAGAUAUCAUCCAAGAAACACGUAGGUUGCAAAUUAGGCGAAAAGGAAGCAGUCCUGUGGCUCAGAAUCAAGUUUCUGGUGAAAAUAGUUCAUGGCAGCAACCUGUGAUGCAGCCUAAUCAGCAACAGAAUCAAAUGAACCACGAAACUCAAUUGAAGGCAUCUCGCGACGUUGCAAUGGCAACUGCUGCGAAGGCAAAACUUCUCCUUCGGGAACUGAAAACAGUUAAAGCAGAUCUGGCUUUUGCAAAACAAAGAUGUUCUCAAUUAGAGGAUGAGAAUAAAAUGCUGCGCGAGAGUCGUGAAAAGGGAGGAAAUCUAGCAGAUGAUGACUUGAUUCGUCUUCAACUGGAGACGCUUUUGGCUGAGAAGGCUCGUUUGGCACAUGAGAAUUCUGUAUUCGCACGGGAGAACAGGUUUUUGAGAGAAAUAGUUGAAUACCACCAGCUCACCAUGCAAGAUGUUGUUUAUUUAGAUGAAUGCAGUGAAGAAGUAACUGAAGUUUACCCGAUUACAAGAAUGCUCUCUAUUUCUCCACCCUCUCCCAUUUCUCCACCCUCGCCUUCUGAGGUUACUGCAUCACCAAGCCCAUUUGUGACCAAGGAGAUAUUUCCUGUUCCUGAAUCACCAGAAGAAGGUUUGGACUCAACAAGUGAUGUCCCACCAAGUGCAGCUACAGCCAUACUGGAGGAAGAAAAGGCAAUAACCAUCUCGGUUGACAAAGAAGAAGAUACAAAAGGGACUACGAUACUGGAGGAAAAUGCAAAAACAACCACAUCACCGGCAUAAUUCAGGUUGUCCAUCAUUCAUUAACAAGAAAAGAUUUUGUGAAAAUAUUCGUUUCUAAAUUUAUUUAAUUUUUGUUUUAUAUUUGGAAGAAGGGUGUGAAUGGGUAUGCUCCUCUUGUCUUUUUUUUUUUUUUAAGCUCUAACUUUUGGUAAGCAUCUUUUUUUCUUUUGUAUGUAAUUGUGUAUGCAGCUCUUAUUUGCCACCAAAUAAAGUCUGAUUUCUUGUUCAGUUAACAAAUUUAAUUUUGUCA